GAAGACUGUGGGGUGAGAACUCUGGCUCCCUCCACUCGGCUGCAGCCGGGUGGCACGCCCACGCCGCGCCUUCCGGUUGGCCCCUGCGGCGACGGGUGAGGCACAGCUGAGCGCCAAAGCCACAGGCUGGGGUACUAACGCCCCCACCCCGCGCUCCGCUCUCUGCGCUCCAGGCAGCCGCGAGCUGGAGUAAGAAGGUCCGGGCGGUGGCGCAGAGCGCGCUGCCGACUGGAGAGCCAGAAGGCGGGAAGCUUCCCGCACGGGGGCGCUGUAACCUGCCCAUGGGAGGAGCCAGAGAGGGACCUGGCUCUGCUGCUCUGAAGCACCGGAGUCGGGAGAACCCAUCCAGACAUGAAGAGCGCCAAAGGUAUUGAGAACUUGGCUUUCGUACCCUCCAGCCCAGACAUCCUGCGCCGCUUGUCUGCGUCGCCCUCCCAGAUCGAGGUCUCUGCCUUUUCCUCUGAUCCCCAGAAAGAGAAUUCGCAGCCACAGGAGCUUCAGAAGCCCCAGGAGCCCCAGAAGUCACCGGAGCCAUCUCUUCCUUCAGCCCCUCCCAGUGUCUCCGUAGAGCAGCUCCGGUCACUGUCGCUGUCCGAGUUUGAGGAGGGGCCUUGCGGGUGGAGGAACUUCCAUCCUCAAUGUCUCCAGUGCUUCAACACACCUCGAGGCUUUCUGCUUCACUACUGCCUCUUGGCCGUCACACAAGGUAUUGUAGUUAAUGGCCUAGUGAAUAUUAGCAUUUCCACUAUUGAGAAGCGUUAUGAAAUGAAGAGUUCCCUGACUGGCCUGAUUUCAUCAAGCUAUGACAUUUCAUUCUGCUUGUUGUCUUUAUUUGUAUCAUUCUUCGGUGAAAGAGGACAUAAGCCGAGGUGGCUUGCAUUUGCAGCCUUUAUGAUUGGACUGGGAGCACUUGUAUUCUCAUUGCCACAAUUUUUCAGUGGAAAAUAUAAAUUGGGGUCUCUUUUUGAAGACACUUGUGUAACAGCAAGCAAUAGCACCAGUUGUACCUCUUCAACUUCUUCACUUUCUAACUACUUGUAUGUCUUCAUCUUGGGACAACUAUUGCUGGGGGCAGGAGGAACUCCUCUUUAUACUCUGGGAACAGCCUUUCUUGAUGAUUCUGUGCCCACACACAAAUCUUCUCUCUAUAUAGGAACUGGUUAUGCUAUGUCAAUCUUAGGCCCUGCUAUUGGCUAUGUAUUGGGAGGACAACUGCUAACCAUGUACAUUGAUGUUGCUGUGGGAGAAAGCACUGAUGUCACUGAGGAUGAUCCACGAUGGUUGGGAGCUUGGUGGAUUGGAUUUCUUCUAUCGUGGAUCUUUGCUUGGUCUUUAAUAAUACCUUUUUCUUGCUUUCCAAAACAUUUACCAGGUACAGCAGAAAUUCAAGCUGGAAAAACUUCCCAGGCUCAUCAGAGUAAUGGUAAUGCAGAUGCGAAGUUUGGGAAAAGUAUUAAAGAUUUUCCAGCUGCUCUGAAGAAUUUGAUGAAGAAUGCUGUCUUUAUGUGUUUAGUUCUAUCAACUUCUUCAGAAGCCUUAAUUACUACUGGAUUUGCUACAUUUUUACCUAAAUUUAUAGAAAAUCAAUUCGGAUUGACAUCCAGCUUUGCAGCUACUCUUGGAGGGGCUGUUUUAAUCCCUGGAGCUGCUCUCGGUCAAAUUUUAGGUGGCUUCCUUGUUUCAAAAUUCAAAAUGACAUGUAAAAACACAAUGAAGUUUGCAUUGUUUACAUCUGGAGUUGCAUUUACGCUGAGUUUUGUAUUUAUUUAUGCCAAUUGUGAAAAUGAGCCGUUUGCUGGUGUAUCCGAAUCGUAUAAUGGGACUGGAGAAUUGGGAAGCUUGAUAGCCCCUUGUAAUGCCAAUUGUAACUGUUUGCGAUCAUAUUAUUAUCCUGUCUGUGGAGAUGGAGUCCAAUAUUUUUCUCCCUGCUUUGCAGGCUGUUCAAACCCAGUCUCAUACAGGAAACCAAAGGUAUAUUACAACUGUUCCUGUAUUAAAAGGAAAACAGAAAUAACAUCCACUGCAGAAACUUUGGGUUUUGAAGCUAAAGCUGGAAAAUGUGAAACUCAUUGUGCGAACCUGCCCAUAUUCCUUUGCAUUUUCUUUAUUAUAAUUAUUUUUACCUUUAUGGCCGGUACUCCUAUAACUGUGUCUAUCCUAAGGUGUGUUAAUCACAGACAACGGUCCCUAGCCUUGGGAAUACAAUUUAUGUUCCUUCGAUUAUUAGGAACAAUACCUGGACCAAUUAUAUUUGGUUUCACAAUAGACAGCACAUGUAUUCUUUGGGAUAUAAAUGAUUGUGGAAUUAAAGGAGCUUGCUGGAUUUACGAUAACAUCAAGAUGGCCCAUAUGCUAGUAGCCAUAAGUGUUACUUGUAAAGUUAUCACCAUGUUCUUCAAUGGAUUUGCAAUCUUUUUGUAUAGACCACCUCCACCAGCCACAGAUGUGUCAUUUCAUACUGAGAAUUCAGUUGUGACUAAUGUUUUAGCAGAAGAGGAUCUCAACAAAGUAGUAAAAGAAGGGUGAAAUGAGAAAAGAGAAGACUGUUUUACACCUGGAAAAUUUACCUCGAUUUUUAAGAACACGCGUUACCGUGACAACAUUAUCUAUCCAAUAUGGACAAUCACAUUUACAAAAUUGAUGUUUUCAUAAUCAAAUGUAUUUUUUUACAUAUGUAGUUUUUGUUUUAUGCAAGAAACAGACCUGUGCCUUCAAAGCCCACCAAAAGCCUCAAAACACAGCGCGCACACACACACACAUGAACACACACACACACACACACACUUCCCAUUCCCAUUGUCUAGAUUUGAAAUCCUCAAGCAAUAACAAGAAAAAAGGCCCACAAUUAGAAAAGUUUCCAUUUAAAAUACAAUGAUGUUUCUAUUCCCAUUACAACUUGUUUAAUUUUAAUUUUCAUUGCCAACAUUUUGAGCUUAGAACAUUUAUGGUAUAAAAAUUUAAACUAAUCAAAGUUGUGUGAUGAUUUCCAGGAAUUAUUAUUGAAAGCCUAUUAACUUAAAACCAGGUUUGUCACGUAAUUUGUUUUUUAAUUUAUGUAUACUAGUCUGGCCUUUCUCAAAGCAAAUUAUUGAACUAUUAGAAUAUGUUAGUUAUCAUCCUUGUGUCCUGGUAUAUAGUGAAUACAAAAACAUCAGCAUUGUAUAUGCAUAUUUUCACUUUAACUCAAGAAUUCCAAGAGGUAAUUUGUUGAUAUUACAAUGUUUAACACAUCUAUUGAUUCUGUGAUAGUAUUAUUCAAUUACGUAUAUUUCAGAGGAAAGUACCAGUCAGUAAAGAAAAAUGCCAAAUAAACAUGAAACUAUUGAUCAAUACUUAUAUACCUUUAACUUUUCUAAUUUGAAAAGCCAAUCACUUAACAUAUUACUCAUAGCACCUAAAACAGUGCCUUGCAUAGUGUAGUCAUCUAUUAUUGUUGUUUAAUUAAAACAUUAAACCCUACCCUUUAACUCAGCAGUCCCCAACCUUUUUUGCAUCAGGGACCAAUUUUGUGGAAGAUAAUUUUUCCAGGGGGGAAGACGGUAUGGUUUUGAGAUGAAACUGCUCCACCUCAGACCAUCAGGCAUUAGUUAGAUUCUCGUAAGGAGAGUGCAACCUAGAUCCCUUGCAUGUGCAAUUCCCAGUGGGGUUUGCACUCCUAUGAGAAUCUAAUGCUACUGCUGAUCUGACAGGAGGCGGAGCUCAGGCAGUAAUGCUCACUCACCUGCCUCUCAGCUCACCUACUGUGUGGCCUGAUUCCUAACAGGCCACACACAGGUCAGAGUUGGUGACCCCUGCUUUAACUGAUGCAUUGAUUUAAUAAAGUAUUCUACAAACCUGAUAAUGUUAUAAUCCUAUUUAUACAGGUCCUAUUUAUGCCAACUUUGCUGAGAAUAUGGAGGGUAUAGAUGAGUGAACAUCAACAAACAUAACUUCUACAAUGGUUAAGAAUUUUACUUGAGAAAAGUAUUGAAGUUCAAAUCCAGAUAUUAUUACAUUUGAAAUUUUUAUAAGGGUUAUUAAUUUAAUAAAAUUCAUUAUCAGGUUUCCCCUAUAAGCUUUCUCCGAGGUUAGUUUUCCACAAGCAUUGUUUUAUAUACACUGUAAUAAAAAUAACACAAGCCUAGUGUUAGAUCUUGUAGGAAACCAAGAUUAGAAACAUCAGAAAUUUGCAGAAUUUAAGAAAUUAUGUUUUGUGGUAAUCCGUGGCCAGGGAUGAUAGAAUGUAGUGCAAUUGUAAAGUGAAAUUCAAGGGGAAGGAAUGAGAAGUUAGUCAAGCAAGCACACUUGAAUAUUAGAGAAAGAGAGGAGCUGUGGGUCAGGAAUCAGAGAGACAUGCUAAAACCAGACAGAUAUAAACACCAAAGACGGAAGCCAAAUAGGUAGCCAAAAAUCCAGAUAUUUGAGAAGCAGGAAAUUUAUAGCAGCCAAAGAAACAGGGCAAGAUAGGCAGGUGAACACACAUGAUACCUCAGUUGACAAUCUCCCUCCCACCAAGCUAGACACAUUGUAAAUGCUGCUUCUUGUUGGAGCUCAGAAAAAAGGAAAAUUUAGGCUUUCUGUGUCCCAUGUGUGGAAGCAGGGAAUUGGAUUGAAGACUUUCAUAGUUGUAGAAUAAAGGCAAAUCCCGAGGAACUCACUGAUAGAGAUGUGAAAUGACAGUAAGGAAGAAAACAGAAUAACUAUACAAAUAUAUUAGUCUAGGGCCACUUAAUUUAGAGGAAGAAAAAAAAUCACCCCAUCCAUAGAAAUAGUUUGAUAAACAGGUGACUAAAUAAUUGGCAUUUAUAAAGAUUCUUAGUUAUCAAGGGCUGCAUCGUAUUUUAUAUAUUCAGUUUUAUAAGGUGAUACUUUUUAAAUAAGCUUUUUAUGAAAAUGGUUAAACUGAACAUAAUUUUGGUUCUUAAAAGGAGUCCAGAGCUUUUAUAUAUAAUGUACAUAUUUUAAAAGAACACCUCCUUUAUAACAGGGUUUUACAGACACUACCAUAAUUUAUGAUCAUUGUUUUUUACUUUUGGGUUCACCUAGAUCAUAUGAGUUGUUAUGAUACUUCUAGAACAAAAUUAUUCAAAAUGUGUUUUUUGUAAUUUAUGAUUUUUAAGUAAGAUUGACUUAUAAAUUGACAUUGUAAUUUUGUACAUAAUUGGAUAUAUGUGUUAAAAUUUAACAUUUAGAUUUAUUUAAUUGUAGAAAAUAUAUGUGGAAAGAACUGUAUGCAGUUGACUUUACUAUGUAAAUUGGAGGGAAACAAAGUUUUAGAUCCAUUUUCUUUCAAAAUUGUCUUUAUUGUAAAGUAUGCAAAAUAUAUAUUCAUACCAUUUAUUAAAUCAGAGUGUUUAUA